AUGGGCAACAAUCCCUCCAAGGGCCCUACCGGAGAUGCCCCAUCCACUUCGAGCCCUUCCGGCCCUCCGAAUACUACAGACAAGAAAGUGAACCGUCGGCCAUCACUCAAUACGUUAUCGGGCACUACGAAAGCUACCGCGGCCGACCCUUCGGCCUCCAAAGAGACUGCAACGGGACAACCGAGUUCGCAAGCCCAAUCUUCGCUUCAAAAGCGUCUCCAAUCUUACAAUUCCCCAGAAUCAGCGGCACGAAAUGUUCAAGAAUCGAAGAAGCCAGAUACUCGCCCCAAGGACAUCUCCUCGCCCGAUCCUUCCAAUCCCGUCCAGGUUCCGGUCUCUCGGUCUACCUCUAGGCGUGAUCCCUAUCAGUCUAUGGCCCCUUCUGCUCCACCUCACAAUACUUAUUACAAUACGUCGACUCAUCUCCAGCGUCCCCCUCGAUUGCCCUUGCCGAUCGGAGAUGCCACAACUACGCCCGGGUCGCCCAUCAUUGGGCCAGAUGAUUCUUAUAUGGGCUCCCCUCCUUCUGAUCCGCGGUUGGAUAACAGUAUGGGCCACGGGGACUCAAAUUUAAGCAGUACCGUUGCCGAGGAUGAUGAAACGCUAGAUGAGCUUCAGCCCAGUGGUGUAGGGAGAGCCGUUCCGACACUAAUUGAAUGGACUGCUCCGGGUGAUAAAGUCUACGUUACUGGAACCUUUGUUAAUUGGGAAAAAAAAUUCCGUCUACACAAAAGUGAAAUUAGCCCUGGAACUAUGUCAGCAAAAUUAAACCUCCGUCCAGGAACACACCACUUGAAGUUUAUCGUGGAUGGUGAGAUGAGAGCCUCAGACAAUCUUCCCACAGCAGUUGACUUCACAAAUCACUUGGUAAACUACAUCGAAGUGAGCGCGGAUGAUGUCAAUCGAUCGCGGAGAGAGAGCGACAGGACAUCCCAGAGUGCCGUUCCUCCCGGUGUUCACCCGCCCCAAGUCCUUCCAGAUCCGAUGGGAGCCUCUCGGGUUGACUCCACCGUUGAAGACCAAUCCGAGAAGGAGGAACCAGAGGAGAUUCCCCCUGGAGAUUUCCGCGGUGUCAUCCCGCAAUUCCUUGUAGAUUUGGAUAGGGAGGAUGAAACUCAGGAAAGUCCAGCUUAUCAGCAAGCCGUCAAUAUCAUUAGUGAUGCUCCUACACCGCUGAGUCUUCCACUUUUCUUAGGAAAGUCGAUAUUAAACGGUACCACACCGAUGAAGGACGACAGCAGUGUUCUAAAUUAUCCUAAUCACACCGUUCUGAACCAUCUCGCGACAAGCAGCAUCAAGAAUGGCGUACUCGCCACCAGUGUAACCACCCGAUACAAACGCAAGUACGUAACUACAAUAUUGUAUAAGCCAACAAGUGAUAUCACGGGUUAG